CGCGAGAUUUCAGCACACUUCCUUUGCCGCAAGCAGUUAGCCGCUUAAGAACGGCAGGUUGUUUCUCAUGGGAGCACGAGAAGAGGUGUCUGUCCAGCUGCAGACACUGACGGGCCCGUCGGUUCCUCAUCCGCAACAUGGAGAAAAUGUCCCGGGUCACCACCGCCCUCAGCAGCAGCGCCAUCACCGGCCGGACGAUGUUCUGCCACCUGGACGCGCCCGCCAACGCCAUCAGCGUGUGCCGUGACGCCACGCAGGUGGUGGUGGCCGGGCGCAACAUCUUCAAGAUCUACGCGCUGGAGGAGGAGCAGUUCGUGGAGAAGCUGAACCUCCGAGUGGGCCGCAAGCCGUCGCUGAACUUCAGCUGCGCCGACGUCAUGUGGCAUCAGAUGGAGGAGAACCUGCUGGCCACGGCGGCCACCAACGGCGCCGUGGUCACCUGGAACCUGGGGAAGCCGUCCCGCAACAAGCAGGACCAGCUGUUCACCGAGCACAAGCGCACCGUCAACAAGGUGUGCUUCCACCCCACCGAAGUUUACAUGCUGCUGAGCGGCUCGCAGGACGGCUUCAUGAAGUGCUUCGAUCUGCGCAAGAAGGAGUCGGUCAGCACCUUCUCAGGCCAGUCGGAGAGCGUGAGAGACGUGCAGUUCAGUAUGAAGGACUAUUUCACGUUCGCCGCCUCGUUUGAAAACGGCAACGUGCAGCUGUGGGACAUCAGACGGCCGGACCGCUACGAGAGGAUGUUCACGGCUCACACCGGCCCGGUGUUCUGCUGCGACUGGCAUCCCGACGACAGGGGCUGGUUGGCCACGGGCGGCAGGGACAAGAUGGUGAAGGUUUGGGACAUGACCACGAACCGAGCCAAGGAGAUCUACUGCGUCCAAACCAUCGCGUCCGUGGCGCGAGUCAAAUGGCGGCCCGAGAGGAAGUUCCACCUGGCCACCUGCUCCAUGAUGGUGGACCACAACAUCUACGUGUGGGACGUGCGCCGGCCUUUCAUUCCCUUCGCCACCUUCGAGGAGCACAAGGACGUGACCACGGGGAUCGUGUGGCGCCACCAGCACGACCCCCACUUCCUGCUGUCUGGCUCCAAAGACAGCACCCUCUACCAGCACAUGUUUCGAGACGCCACGCGCCCCGUGGACAAGGCCAACCCCGAGGGCCUGUGCUUCGGACUGCUGGGCGACUUGGCCUUCGCGGCCAAAGAGAGCCUGAUCAGCAGCGACGCCAACAGAAAGCCGUACCCGGGCGGCGACCGCCGCUACCCCAUCUUCUUCUUCAAAAAGCCCGACCCCACAGAGCAGUUCGCGCACGUGUCCAGCGUGCUCAGCGUCUUCGAGACGGACCUGGACAGCAACCGCAUGGACUGGUUUGUGAAGACGGCUCAACUCUACCUCCUCAGCGGGAAGCCGUUCGCCGAGCUGUGUGAUCACAACGCCAAGGUGGCGCGGGAGCUGAAGAGGCCGCAGGUUUCCACUACAUGGACCAUGCUGAGAAUUAUGUUCUCAGACCCAGCGAACCUCAGCACACCUGGCCUGAACCAGAGCUUCAGUAAACUCGGCACGCUGCCUCUAAUGAACAGCUUCAGUUUGAAGGAGAUGGGCUCCGGAUUGGGGACGGAGGGCAGGCUGGAGCGCAGUAAAGGCGAGAACAGGCAGGACAUCAUCCACCUGGAGCCGGGGAACUCGCACAUCAGCAAUAAUAACGAAGAAAACGAGGAGACAGAAGGCAGCGAGGGCCAGGCUGAGUACAUGUUUGGAGACGCGGAGCUAGACGACGACGACCUGUAUUCCAUGGAGCACGACAACCAAACAGAGGAGCAGGAGUACACUCUGCCCCAGGAGGCCUUCCAGCUGCGCCACGAGAUCAUGGACCACCCGUCGGCCCCGGAGCACCUGCAGCAGGACAAGGCCGACUCGCCGCACGUCAGCGGCAACGAGGCGGAGGUCACCUGCCUCACGCCCAUCGAGUCCUUCUCGCUCAUCUCCAUCUCGCAGCCGCUGUACAGCCCGCACCUGCCCGCCAGCUUCUUCUGCCCCAUCGUGCGGGAGAUGCUGACCUACUACGCCGAGAAGGGCGACGUGCAGAUGGCCGUGUCGGUGCUCAUCGUGCUGGGCGAUCGGAUCCGCAAAGAGAUCGACGACCUGACGCAGGAGCACUGGUACAUGUCCUACAUAGACCUGCUGCAGCGGUUCGAGCUGUGGAACGUGUCCAACGAGGUCAUCAAGUUGAGCACGUGCAGCGCCAUCACCUGCCUGAACCAGACCUCCACAACGCUGCACAUCAACUGCAGCAACUGCAAGAGGCCCAUGAGCAACAAGGGCUGGAUCUGUGACAGGUGCCACCAGUGCGCCAGCGUGUGCGCCGUGUGCCACCACGUGGUGAAGGGGAUGUUCGUGUGGUGCCAGGGCUGCAGCCACGGCGGACACCUGGAGCACGUGAUGAACUGGCUGAAGAGCAGCGCCCACUGCCCGGCCGGCUGCGGCCACCUGUGCGAGUACACCUGAGCCACCGCCGCCUCCCCCUGCUGGAGCGGGAAGCAAGAGUCCUCGCCCCGGCCCGGCAUCGCCACCGUCUGCCUGCCGCUGUGGAAGAGAAGGUUUACAGAGCCUCUCCUGGACCGAUACUCAAGGGCAAAUACAAUCAUGUUCAUCCAGAUUUGAAGUUUAGCCGUUUCUUUUUGUGGAACUACUAACCUCAUUCACACCUGCAGUCGGAUGCUUCGCAAUCAGAUAAAGCUUGACAGUCAGGGCAGAUCUGAUUGGCCGAAGCACUUCCCACAAGGUUUGAAAGACUCUUUGUGAAGAGAAACAUCGUAAGCAGAGGUUGUGUUUUUUCUGGAGUGAAAUCGUCAAAUUUGAAGUUGUGGCUUCGUCUCGUUCUAACUUGAAUCAGACAUGCAUUUAAUGCCGGGUGUGAAUGUGCAGGGAGACGUUUCAGAGUGUAUUUUCCUGUAUUUCUCCCCUUCUUGGUUUUACUAAAGAGAUUGUUAAUGUUUGUACAUAUUGAAUAUUUUUAAAGUACUGUAGAUCAUGCUGCAAUAAUUUAUAUUCUGAAGAGAAACCGCUCUUGAUUAAAGCAAUACAGGUUGAA